AACCCCAGGCGCCAAGUCACAGCACAGGUAAUCACGUGACCUUGCCUGCCUGCUAAAUUGGCUGUUCUUCAGAUGUGGAGUACUUGUUACACCGGAGGUCCAACGAUGAAGUCGUUCGCAAUCGUAACGUUGGCGUGCCUCGUAGUCGCAGCUGAGAGCUUCAUCAUGAGUCGGAGAUCUCUUCGCGCUUCCUGCAAUGUCGACUGGACAUUUUCACUCUCGUGCACAGAUGUGCAGGACAAGCUUGUGGGUCAAAUAGGACGGUGGACAGGUCCUGAUGGAUGCGCCGACGGAGGAGAAAAAUGCCUGUACAAGUUGGUGUCCAAGACCAAAACACAGGUGAAAGCCACCCGUGAGACACCUAAGCAGCGUUACGUUGAUGACUUGACCUUCACCUUCACACAGGACAGGAACAAGUGCAAUGUCGCUGGUGUCAGCAGGUCAAGGGCCUGGUACGCUGUCCUUGACUACGGCACCAACUACUGCAAUCUUCACAACCUCAUUGUCGGGGCUGAACUUGACAAAUCUCAAGGCUACCGUGAGGCCACCAGCAACAGGAUGUGUAGAGGGUUUUCGUCAGCAGACUGCUCCAAAUCUUAAACACACCAGAAACAUGGGAGCCCAUUCCUGUCGCUUAUCCGUAACUAAGGAUGGGACGUAAUAUCACUGCUUCAUUACCUCUGUGUUGCUGCUAUGUUGGUUUUCUCUGUAACUUUUGCUUAUUUCAAGCUCAGUUUUAUGUUUUUAUAACUUCAUGCUUUGCUCUCAUAAGGUACAAUGGAACUCUAAAGUUUUUAAAUGGGUACAGAUAUGGAUUUCUUUGUGUGAGGGGCGGUGGGGUAGCCUGGUGGUUAAAGUGUUCGCUUGUCGCGCCAAAGACCCGGGUUCGAUUCACCACAUGGGUACAAUGUGUGAAGCCCAAUUGCUAAAAGCUGGAAUAUUGCUGAAAAUGAAGUAAAACUAAACUUACUAUGUGUGAGAGCCUGAAGAGAAAACCUGAUGAAGAUUUGUUACAGGGGCUCUGACCUCUUGGAAGCUUUAUGCAAAUGUAUUUUGACAUAAUUGUUAUUUAUUUUGUUUCGACACAUAGGGAAUUUAUGUUCUGGCAACACUGGUUACUACCGUUACUCAUUAGUUGUAAGGAUGUUCUCAAUAGGGCUGGAUAAAAUGACCGAUAAUCUGUUGACAGGAAUUUUUAAAUAAUUUGUAUGUAUGAAAAUUGUGUUAUUGAUAAUAUCGUACAUUCAAUUUUGUGACAGAAAAUAGUUAUUUCCUCGCACAAUAUACAAAUUUUGGACUUUAUGAUCUGCUUCUAUAUUAUGUUGAAGACGCUGAUAAUCAAAAUCAUGUCACAAUUCACCAGCGAUGAACUAUAUUCAUUUCUUUCAGACAUUUUUGCUCAAAAGAUAUUUAUCUAUAAUCUAUUGAUGUUUAGUUAAUGAUUAUCAAUCUGUGAUUUAUAUCUAUAGCCAGUCCUAGUUCUCAAUAUUGUUAAGUUCCUUGUGCUUGCUUUAUUAACAUCUCAGGGGGUGGUGGGGUAGCCUAGUGGUUAAAGCGUUCGCUCGUUACACCGAUGACCCGGGUUCGAUUCCCCAUUUGGGUACAAUGUGUGAAGCCCAUUUCUGGUGUCCCCUGCCAUGAUAUUGCUGGAAUAUUGCUAAAAGUGUCGUAUAACCAUACUCACUCACUCUUAACAUCUCAACAGUAUAACUGUCUCCACUGGAAUUUUAUUGACAAUUUUUAUGUUUAUAGUACUCUAUACCUUUUACAGUUAUGCCCUUUUUGGACCCAGAUCGGCAUGCCAGAACCUAGUUUUGCACCAGCUCUUUUAGGCCUGGAUUUUAAAAAAAAUGUGAACAUCUAUGAAUAGGAAUACCUGCUCUGAUCCCGGUGAAAUCCUGUGAUAUGAAAUUACCAUUAUUUGACAGUAGGAUAUAUAUUUUGAUAUGUGACAAUCCUCGUGAGGAAUCCAUUCAAAAUGUCUGUCUUUGUUUGUUCUAAACUUCAAAUUUAUGGGCAGCAUUUACAGCAAGAGUUUUUUUUAAACAUUAUUUUGUAUAUGUUGGUGAGAUCUGAAAUUAAUGUGUGUAUAGAUAUCUGAUGUAAUUUUGAUACUAUGAAGUAAAUGUAUUAAUGAC